AUGCAAGAUGGAAUGAAAAGAGGACCUGCGUUAAUUCUUGCGAACUUCGCUAAGAAAUGUAAGGAGAAAAAGUUGAGGGCUUUUUCAACAUACCGCAGUUUAAAAGAAGUAUUAGCGAAAUAUAACAUUAGUGGUAAUGAUAUAGGCACUAUUCGUCAAUUUCCACCGGUGACCUAUAAGCUUGAAGAUGAUGACAAGAAGUUACAACAAUAUAUAAGGGAAAUAAAACGCAAGUUAGAACUUUACUUGCUAAUAGCAAUGAAGCCAUAUACUCUCGAAGUUGUUGGUAAAGAAAGUAUUAGCCAGGUUGAAUAUACAAUCAAGACCCUCAAGGAACUUAUUUGUAUAAUGAAAGGGAAGUUGCAUCAAGUAACCAUGGGCUUU